AGCCGGUGUGUCAGCUUGUGGCACGUUCCUGGCAGACUUUGGGUGAAGGGAGUGGCCUGGUCUGGCCUGGUCUGGUCGGGUCUGGCCUGGUCUGGUCUGGUCAGGCGUGGUCUGGUCUGGCCUGAUCUGGUCUAGUCUGGCCUGGUCUGGCCUGGUCUGGUCUGGCCUGGUCUGGCCUGGUCUGGUCUGGCCUGGUCUGGCUUGGCCUGAUCUGGUCUAGUCUGGUCUGGUCUGGUCUGGCCUGAUCUGGUCUAGUCUGGCCUGGUCUGGUCUGGUCUGGCCUGGUCUGGUCUGGCCUGGUCUGGUCUGGCCUGGUCUGGUCUGGCCUGGUCUAGCCUGGUCUGGUCUAGUCUGGCCUGGUCUGGUCUGGUCUGGUCUGGCCUGGCCUGGCCUGGUCUGGGUGACAGUGAUGUCGGAUCAGAGUGAAGCAGACGGGAAUGAGCUGUGGAACAAUCUGGAGAAUUACCGGGCGAAGCUGACGGCGGUGAUUGAACCGUCCCGGAUCACCCCGUACCUGCGGCAGUGCAAGGUCCUCAUCCACGAUGACGAGGAGCAGAUCUUCAACGACCCCAGCCUGGUCACCCGGCGCCGGAAAGUAGGGAUGCUGCUGGAUAUUCUCCAGAGGACAGGCUGCAAAGGCCACAUUGCAUUUCUGGAGAGUUUGGAGUUGUACUACCCAGAGCUUUACCUCCGCAUCACCGGGCAGGAACCCACACGGACCUUCUCCGUCAUCCUGGAUGCGGGUGGAGAGUCGAGCCUGACCCAGUUACUGAUGGCGGAGGUGCAGAAACAACAACAAGUAGCUCUCCGCUGUCACAAACAGCUGCAGGAACUGACCACCGAUCUGACCCAGAAAGACCAUCACAUCAAACAGCUCCAGGUCAAACUGAGCGAGCUGCAGAAAUACCAGGAACGGUUCUGGAAGGUGAGGGAAGAACGUAACAAUUACAGCGAGGAGCUGAAGACCUGCAAGGAGGAGAAUUACAAAUGGGCCAAGGACUUUGCAAUCCAGAGCGAGGAAAAGAAUACCGCGCUGAUGAGGAACCGCGACCUGCAGCUGGAGAUUGAGAGACUGAAGCACAACCUGAUGUUGGCUGAGGAUGGUUAUAAGGUCGAGCGGACCCACACCAUGAAGCUGAAACACGCCAUGGAGCAGAGACCGACGCAGGAAGUGAUCUGGGAACUUCAGCGAGAGAACGACCUGCUCAAGGCCAAGCUGCAGGAACUGGCCCCUCCCCAGAAGGUUGACAAGGUGGAUAAAAACAAGAUGUACAUUCAGAUCCUGGAAGAUGACCGAAGGACAGCACUGGAGGAACAUCAAGACCUGGUCAAUACUAUUUACAAUCUCCACAAAGGACUGCGGGAUGUGGAAGAACUGCGGGAUAAGUACCUGGAAGAGAAGGAGCUGUUUGAGAUGCGGUGUGUGACUCUGCAGAAGGAUUCCCAGAUGUACAGAGCUCGCAUUGAGGCAACACUGAAACAAAUGCAGGAAGUGGCGACAGAGAGAGAUCAGGCACUGCGGUCUCGAGAGGAUUUACACAGGUUACACAGCCAGGUGGUGCAGCAGAACGAUACCUAUCGGAAGAUGAUCCAGGAACAGGGCGAGCGAUGUGAUGAGCUGCAGUUUGAACUAUUCCGACAGGAGGAACACCUACUGACCCUCCAGGGCCAACUGAAGAGGGCCAGACCCCCCUCAGGGGGCUUGCCUCUGGAUGUGGAUGAUCUGUCUCCCAGAGUUUCCCGCGAGAUUCCAGAGCUCAGGAUCCGGGACAAUAAACAGGAAUCAUCCGAUCAGCGAUGGUCAGAGGAAUCCCGGGGUCCGGGGGGAAGCUGCCCCAGGACAGGAGUCAGCUCUCAGGUCCAGCCGGAGGUCAGCACUGUCGGAGCAGCUCUCCCUGAGGAAUCUCUCGGACUGAAGAGCAGCAAGUGGCGGAUGAAGAAAGGCUUCGAAGAUUACAGAAGGAAACGGGCAAUCCGGCUAAACAAGCAGGAGAGGGAGCAGAGGAAGGAGAACUGGGAGAAUGUGACGGGGAGUGAGAAUUCCGAUACUGACUCCUCAGACAGAGAGCAGACCAACGAGAUCAGGAGAUGAUCCACUCUCUCUGCCACAACACGGGAUUCUGCAGGAUACAGCCCAGGACCAGACCCAGCAGCAUCUCAGAGAGCAGGGGUCAGCAGACAGGAUUCCAUCAACAACUCACACAAUGUUAAAGGUUCCAGCCUCACCCCAUGGGCUGCAGCCGAUACCCAGACUCUUACUGCACAAUAAACAAACGUACAGCACUGUGGGAGGGUCAGUGCUGAGGGAGUGCCACAUUGUCGGAGGGUCAGUGCUGAGGGAGUGGGCACUGUGGGAGGGUCAGUGCUGAGGGAGUGGGCACUGUCGGAGGGUCAGUGCUGAGGGAGUGCCGCACUUUGGGAGGGUCAGUGCUGAGGGAGUGCCACAUUGUCGGAGGGUCAGUGCUGAGGGAGUGCCGCACUGUCGCAGCGUCAGUGCUGAGGGAGUGCCGCACUGUCACAGGGUCAGUGCUGAGGGAGUGCCGCACUGUCACAGGGUCAGUGCUGAGGGAGUGCCGCACUGUCACAGGGUCAGUGCUGAGGGAGUGCCGCAUUGUCGGAGGGUCAGUGCUGAGGGAGUGGGCACUGUCAGAGGGUCCGUGCUGAGGGAGUGGGCACUGUCAGAGGGUCCGUGCUGAGGGAGUGGGCACUGUCGGAGGGUCAGUGCUGAGGGAGUGCCACACUGUCGGAGGGUCAGUGCUGAGGGAGUGGGCACUGUAGGAGGGUCAGUGCUGAGGGAGUGCCGCACUGUCGCAGGGUCAGUGCUGAGGGAGUGCCGCACUGUCACAGGGUCAGUGCUGAGGGAGUGCCGCACUGUCGCAGGGUCAGUGCUGAGGGAGUGCCGCACUGUCGGAGGGUCAGUGCUGAGGGAGUGCCGCACUGUCGGAGGGUCAGUGCUGAGGGAGUGGGCAUUGUCGGAGGGUCAGUGCUGACGGAGUGCCGCACUGUCGGAGGGUCAGUGCUGAGGGGUUACGUGGGGGAGGGAGAUGUGUUUUGUUUCCUAAAUAAUGUUAACCUCUUGUCUGAUGUGACCAACUGGAGAAUGAUCUGCUCAUGACCUCAUUGCUGUUUGUGGGCUCUUGCUGGGUACGUUUGGGGCUGUUUCCGAGUUGACAAUAAAUUC